AUGGCAGCACUAAGUCCUGAAUCGGCGAUAAUCGACGUGGAAGCGCAAUUGAAAGACAUCGUACAAAACCUCUACAACCUCAUCGUGCAAGCUUACGAUCACCAUGGAAGCAAGACACAGGAGGCCAUGAAGCGGGAGAUCCAGUCGCUGGUUCAGAACCUGGUAAAAUUGUCGAGAACAGCACCUUCGGUGAAUAUCAACAUUCCCCCAGAGGUCAUGUCCUAUGUAGAGAACUCCAGGAACCCGGACAUCUUCACUCGCGAAUUCGUCGAGACCGUGCAGCGAAUGAACCAGAUGUUGUACGGUCGCGUUGACGCUUACCGCGCGCUGCAAGAACAACUCGCCCGGCACGUCUCGAGCGCCAUUCCAGAGCUCAAAGACGAUGUGAACUCCGUCGUCGAGUCUACAGGUGGCAAGAUGCUCGUCUGA